AUGCAGCCGAAGGAUUUGGCAACGGUACGGGUAUCGAACCUAUCCCCUAGCUUGGGAGUGAGCCGGCUUCACAGCUUCCUUGAUCGCCAGAAUGUAAAUGCGACGUCGAAUAUAUCUCUCUGUUCACACGGAUCUGCCAAGGACUCUUCGCUAGUUGCGACGGUCACCUUCCAAUCCCAAUCAAGCGCAAAAAAGGCCUUGAAUUUGAACGGGAGAUUGCUGGCCGGUCGCAAUGUCAGCAUAGAACGAGGGUUCAUGGGUCUUGCAGUGCUAGCGGCACCGGAAGAUCCAAUGCUUGACAUCAUCGCCGUUCACGGUCUCAACGGUCACGCCUACGGGACUUGGGCUCACCACGAAGAUGGACAAUCCGGUUUCGAGGCUAUGUGGCUUCCAGACUUCCUUCCAGGUAAUGUCAAAAACGCACGAAUUUUGGUCUAUGGCUACAACUCCGCGUUGCUGGGUUCCAACACCUCUGUGAGCAGUGUUAAGGACUUUGCACACGAUCUCUUACAGCGGAUCAUAGACGAUAGGGCAGACCAAGUCCGUUAUGCUCUCUUCUUCGGGAUCAAUACUUGCGAUUUAGGUUGA